AUACUUAAUAUGAUAUAAACAACACUUCUCGUGUAGAACAACAGAACACGGUGGUAAGAUUCAAUUUUGAUUACAUUGAUGUGUUUUAACGACUUGUUGUGUAGUUACAAUGGCCAUACCUGACCCAUUGGGCAGUGUUCUUAAGACAGAUACAAUUAGGGACAGAUCAACGAACAAGAUAAAUUAUAACCGCCACAAUACACGAAGUGCGAUGAAGCGUAUUGAGCACAUCAUUCAUUGAUUACAGUGUACAUGUAGCGGACAGCACACGACAGAGGUCCUACUAUAAUUGUACAUACAGGUAUAGCCACGAUAUUACCAGGUGCGGGACAACCAAGAUGUGACGCCACGGAUGUAAACCUGACCUGUGAUGUUCGAGAAGACUGGUUUGUGGAUGUAACACAGGUGGGAUCCAGGGAAAACGACAUCAAUUCAACAGACAAUUGUAAAGAUAUUAGGAAGGUUACACUUCAGGGAGGUCUCCAUGACAACCGACCCUCCGUUGAGAAUGCUGAACUACUUGUUGCAAUCUUGUCGGACGGAGCGAAGUCUGCUGCUGAUGACGUCACUUCUCAUCCUCAUGUACUUCGUCAUCAUGGACAUCGUUCUGUACAUGACACUACAGAGUACAGCUCUAGUGGAUCAGGAAAAGACUACCUCUUAUUCCCCUUUCGGACCGUUGUCAGUAAAACUACUGAUGACCGCGCCCACAAACCAUUACAUCAUCAGCUUGACGACGGAGUACUUCGACGAGUAUACACAGUUUAGUAGGAUUUUCUAUUUCAUCACCCCGAACAUGAUCAGUGCUACACAUCUCGCCCUCGGAUUUCUGUCUGGAAAAUUCGUGACGUCAGAAUCAUUACGUCGACGUCGCAUCGGCGUUUUAAUUUUUGAACUUCGCCUUUGGUUAGACGUUUAUGACGGGGUUGUGUAUAGAAGCCAUAAAGGACUACACGGUUACCGUAGCGACAGGAGAAAUCUGGGAUUCGUAGUAGACACUAUUUGUGAUACAACAAGUGGCAUUGCCCUUUGUUUUGGCGUUCUUUUCUAUUUAUGGAAAAAUCAAGUGCAAAAACAGCCAACCGUUUCCCUACCAUUCACAAAGUCGCCCGAGAACGGUACAGCAUCUUUAGGGGAGGGUGAAAAACCAUACCAGCAAAAAUAUCCAAGAAAUCAUAUAUUUUAUAAAGUGUUGUGUUACGGCCUUAUGUUAGCCCUAACGGGAAUGACUUUUGAUAAAACCACGGAAGCUUUCGGUGGAAUAUUUACUACCAAGAUGGAAACGUCACUAGAAGAGGAACAACAGACACUAGCUCUCCACUCCUUAACCACGUGGGUAGUGUUUUACUCCUGGAGACUGAUAGAGGCACAAGCCAUGCUACAGUACCUCCUCCUGGCCAUAUUCCUGGACAAGAUAUGGGAGUUUCUUUGUUUCAUCCAGUACACAGGAUACGCGACGUUAUUUUUAGUCAAUAUUAUGAGUCAACUACAAAUUCGAAAUGUUCGACAUAUGAUCCAGAUAGUUGGCCCUGAAUAUGUAUAGCUGUGGCCCUAGAUAUGUAUACAACAAUGGCCAUGUCCUCUGCCUUGACAUCUCCUAGAAGGGGAUACACUGCCUUACCAUGUAGUGCCCAUGUGUUCUUCUAUGAACGGGUGUAUUAUGUUUAUAACCGACCACCGUCACCUGUUACCCAUGUAUUGACAACCAUUAAAUGGUUUGGUGUCUAUCACAUGACGAUAAAACGUUGGGACGACUCUAUGACUUGUGUUACAAAAAGCUUGUCUGUAUAUACUAAUCAAUUACGGUUUGCAUUGCUUAAGUAUGUUUUAAUUGUUCAGUUUUUAAAAAAAAAUUAUAUUUACAAAAAUAUAUUUAUAAAUUUGCUAGUAGUUUUCAUUAGAAAUUUUAGCUUGAAUUCUGCUCAAUAAGUCAGGAUACUAUGAAAUAUGUUACUUUUACUAACAAUGAAAAGAUUGUCUCCGAUACAUUAUUUCACACAUCACCUACACAAUGCUAUCGGAAAUAUUACAAUAGCAAUGCCAUUUUUAUGAUUAUAACAUUCAUGGAGGUGCCAUUUUUGGAAAGAGGACAUUUUGUGUAUGUCAGAUUGAUAUUUUGGUUGUUGAAUAUGGUAUUAUUUUACUAUAAUAUGUUUUUAUAUCUGUUACUAACGAUGCGAUAAAAGUAUGAUUAUUUAUUGAUGUUAAGAAUGUUUUAUCUUAAUUUGCUGUUUAACAGGGUGUGAGAAGUUAGUAACUCCUAAAAAUAAUGUGUUUACCGGUUUUAAUGUAUAACAUGAAUUUGGUUAAGGAAGUAACUAGUAGGUAUAAUACAUGUACAUUGAUGUAGUUUUUAUGUAAAUUGGGAGAGGAACUGCUGAAAAUAAUGUAUUCACCGGUUUUAAUGUAUAACAUGAAUGAGGAGUAACUAGUAGGUAUAAUAUAUACAAAAUUAUAAAUGUAUGUUAAUGUAAUAACAGGGUAUGAUUUGUGAGAGUAACUGCUGAAAAUAAUGUAUUCACCGGUUUAAACGUAUAACCUGAAUGGUUAAGGGGGGUAAAUAGCAGGUUCAAUGCAUUUUCUGUAAUGACAGGGUAUAAUUUGCGAGAUCAACUAUUGGAAAUAAUUAUAAGAUAUUUUAGCGUUAUAAAAAAGGGUAUGAUUUGAGAGAGUAACUGCUGGAAAUAUUGUGUAAGAUAUUUAAGUGUAACAGAGUAUAUUUAUCGGGUAUAUCUACUGGUAUUCUGUGUACUUCACUUUUUAUUUUCAUUUAGAGUGCACUAGACUUUUUAUUCCAUUGUUAUAAUUCAUUAUUUACAUGCCGAAAGUUUUGCCUUACAAUGUAACACAGUUAAGUCGACUUAUUGUAUUAGUGCCUAUAAUCGAUAUGACAUAUCAAGCCAAAUUUUCAUAUAAGCUUAUCAUGUCAGCAAAUUAAAAUAGUGUCCAUGACAUUGUGUACUUGCAAAAAGAAUAAAAGAAAUGAAAUGAAUUGAAAAAUACAAAGUAAAAAAAAACAAUAAGCAAAUCAAAAUAUAUAUAAUGAAGCAAUAAUUAUACGGGAUUAGAUUUGCAAUGUUAAUGAAAGUAUUGUUAACAUAUAUAGUAUGAUAUAGGCCUGUCCCUGUUGGUAACAUUAAUAUUGGGCUGUAUUUAAAGGAUCACAAUAGUCGGUGAGAUUAUAGACGGAGUAUUAAAUAAUGUUACAGUAGUAACAAAUCCUUACUAUGGCCAUGCUUGUCUACGAAAUCCUUUAAUCAAAUUACAAAUAUUUUUACUAUGGUCGUCUUCAAUGUAAAAUGACUGUUUACAGCAGUCAUUAUGAUAAUGUUCAGGUGUUUAUGCUAAUAUUUUUUUACGUUUUAUGUGGCUAAUGCAAAUUAUAUGCUAUUUAAUGUUGAAUUAAAGUUGACAGACAGGUCUGUCGUGUUACUAAUUAUAGGUAUGUAGUCUUGCUAAAUAGAAGUUUGCGAAAUGGUUAUAACUAAGUGAAGGAUCGGCUGAAACAUCCUACUGACAACAUAUAUUAGCAUUCCUGUAUUGACUCUACAAGUCGAUAACGGAUAACGUAACCCAAAACAUCAUGAAAAUAAAGAAGAAAAGGGUAUUCCAUUAAUGGAUUACUUUACCGUAAAUAUCGUAAAAUUCGCACUGUAGUGAGGAAAGGUAUUCAGCUAACUAGUCGUUAAUAUACUAUUUUUAUUGAAAUAUAGUAAAAACCGCACACUAGCGGGGGUUAGUCCUCAAUAUAUUUAAUAGUAAUACUAUGGGUUUACCAGAAAAAUGAAAAUAGUGCUGUAGCGAGAAAAUUAUUUCUUAUGAUACACAAACGUAGUGAACAUUUGUGUGUUUGUUGUUUUAUCUGUGAUACAACCUCGUCCAGUACUUGGCGUAAUGAUUCUCCACCAGAUUUUAUAAUCAUUGUAUUUUUUUACCACGGAUGUUAAUCAAAUGAUUAAGUUGCAUUGAUGUGUUAUGUAUUUAAGCCUGAAUUGUGUCGGUAAGUCUUGCCUUUACAUGUGAUUAAUGGUGUGUGCGGUAUUAAUUCCGUAUAACGAUGCCUACUUGCCUGUUAUGAAGGAAGUUUAUAUUGGUAAGAUAUUUUUUUCUUUUCUUUAUUUUGUUUGUGUUUUUUAUUUAUUUUUUUUAUCAUUCAUUUCGUUAGCUGAAAUAAGAAAUAAUUGAUUUUAUUUCUCCUGCAAGGGGCUCUCAUUUUUCCUCAUCUCACAAAAAAAUACAAUGUACAUAAGAUAGAGAUAUGAACGGAUAUAUCAGUAGUGUAAUCUGUAAUAGUGUUCAUUGAAAUU